AUGCGACGAACUAUUGAUGACUUCACAGAUUCCAUUUCUGAGAAUGAUCUUGUUGUUUUCUUCUUUGCUGGUCAUGGAACUCAAUGGAACGAUCAAAACUAUUUACUACCUGUUGACAAUAAUCGAAUAAUAACCAAAGAACAUCUAAAGACUAGAGCUAUCAAUGCACAACAUACUCUUGAUCACAUAUCGAGUAAGAACCCUGCUGCAACCAUAUUUCUUCUAGAUUGUUGUCGUAAUUAUGUCAUCAAAAAUGAAGCUUUAUUAGAUUCACAAACAAGAGGUAGUUCAGAAUCGCCUACUGGCCUUACAAAAAUGGAGGUGCAGAGAGAUUCAAUCAUCGUUUUUGCUUGUGCUCCUGGAAAAUUGGCUAUGGAUGUUGCCAAGAAUGGUCGGAAUGGUUUAUUUACAUUUCAUUUGCUUCAACAUAUAGCACAACCCAACGUAGACAUUGAAAUGCUCAUGCGUGAUGUUUCUAAAGGCGUAUCAAACGAGAGUAAUGGAAAUCAAAAACCUCAUAGAGUCAGCUCAAUCGAAAGUCGACAUCUAUCGCUCAAUACAGUUCAUGAAGAAAUCGAACAAAUUCAAACAAAAAAGAAUAAAUUUAAACAAUUUGCAAUUACUGUUACUGGAGGAAAUGGCAGAGGAGAUGAAUUGAGUCAACUCUCUAGUUCUUUUGGGAUCAUUAUUGAUAAUGAUAAAUCAAUUUAUAUUGUUGAUACUGCCAAUUGUCGUAUUGUUAAAUGGAAAUUGAAUUCAAAUAAAGGUCAAAUUAUUGCAGGUGGAAAUAGAAGCGCAAAUCAAAAUAAUCGACUGGCUUAUCCAACAGAUUUAGUUUUUGAUAAAAAAAAUAAUUCUUUUAUUAUUUCUGAUAAUGGAAACAGACCAGUAAUUCGAUCUUUUGAUAAAAAUCAAUCAAAUCAACAAAUUAUUAUUUUAAAUAUUAGUUGUUUGGGUCUGACAAUCGAUAAAAAUGGAUUUAUUUAUGUUUCUGAUUGGUGCAGUAAUGAAGUACGACGACGGAAAGAAAAAGAUAAAAAAUGUCAAUUAGUUGCAGGUGGAAAUGAAAGAGGAAAUCAUCUUAAUCAACUCAAUCGACCUACUUUUAUCUUUGUUGAUAAAGAUUAUUCUCUUUAUAUAUCAGAUGAAAAGAAUCAUCGUGUAAUGAAAUGGAAAAAAGAUGCAAAAGUAGGUGAAAUUGUUGCUGGUGGAAAUGGUCAAGGAAAUAGUCUAAAACAAUUGUCUCGUCCUCAAGGAGUGGUUGUUGAUCAUUUGGGUCAAAUCUAUGUGGCAGAUGAAGGGAAUCAUCGAGUCAUGCGUUGGUGUGAAGGAGAUAAAGAAGGUGAAAUUGUUGUUGAUGGAAAUGGUCAAAAAAAUCGGCCAAAUCAGUUGAAUAGUCCCGCAGGUUUAUCAUUUGAUAUUGAAGAAAAUCUUUAUGUUGUUGAUCAAAAUAAUCAUCGAAUCCAAAAAUAUGAAAAAAUUUGA